UUCCCCAUCCCCUCAUGGGCAGGGCCUCACUGGGUAUAAAUAGGUCAGAUUGCUGGGCUCUCCCCAAACCUCUCCACUCAGCACUUCCUCUCUUGGUCUGGUCCGAGACUGCCAUGGCUCUUCCUCUGGAGAAUGCUCUGGAUGUGAUGGUGUCCACCUUCCACAAGUACUCUGGUAAAGAAGGUGACAAGUUCAAGCUCAACAAGUCAGAGCUGAAGGAGCUGCUGACCCGAGAGAUGCCCAGCUUCCUGGGGAAAAGGACGGAUGAGGCUGCAUUCCAGAAGCUGAUGAGCAACCUGGACAACAACCGGGACAAUGAGGUGGACUUCCAGGAGUACUGCGUCUUUCUGUCCUGCAUCGCUAUGAUGUGCAAUGAGUUCUUCGAAGGCUUCCCAGAUAAGCAGCCCCGGAAGAAGUGAAGGCUCCUGGCAUUCAAUGGGGUGGGAGUGGGUCUGUGGCUGGGGUCCUCCCAGGUGACAGUGAGUGCGGUGCCUCACUGUGGCUUUUGUAGAUGUGUACGUGAUGCUGAGCAAAUUCAAUAAAGUUUUGGAAGCUACUA